ACCGAAGCCUUCCGAAGCCUGUAUAGAGGUCAGAGGGUUUUAAUGCCCGUGAUUGGCGCCCGGGAAAAAAAAAAUAACUAAAGAGAAAAGCUAAGAAAAUAAAAGAAAGAAAGAAAAAAAAAGAAAAUCUCGCAAUUUAUUUGUACGUUCAAUUUCCUUUAUCAAUUUACCACAAAAUCAGCAGGAAACCGUGACAUCUGCUUCCCUUGUGCCGAUUGCUGACAUGGCGUCUCUACGGUUAAAUCGUUAUGGUUAGUUACAGCGAGGAAGGGAGACGAAGCGGUUACUGGCAAAAAGAAAAUGUCGAGUAAGGGUUAGUUAACGAGCGUUGGGUUAGAAACAGGAAAAAAGGUGAAGCAAAAAACAAGAAAAAGGUAAAAAAGUUUCAGUUACUUAACGGCGUUAAGGUACGUUUUCUGUUUCAUAUUCUAGUUUGGCUCUAUAAAAAGGUCGUUUUGUUGCAGCUUCUUCUCUGACUCCACACUUGUUCUUUCAAUACUCUCUGCUUUUUCCCUUUUAUCAACAUUACUACAGAGAGGAAAGAGAAAGAGAGGAAAUGGCAAUGGCGGUGCCUUCCAAAUGGGUUUGUGUGUGCGCGACUGUGCUUGUGGUGAUGUUUGUCGGAGUUGCAGCCACUGUUCGAAACGAUGGGAUCUCUGGUCUUACCAGGAAUGUGCAAACAGAGAAGUCCCCUAGCUCCAAGAACUCAUCAAUGGCGGCAAGUUCUGGGGAAGAGACUGAAGACUGGAAAAAUGAGCACGCGGUUGAUGACCCUGAAGAGGUGGUUGCCAUGGUGGAAAUGAGCAUCCGCAACAGUACUGAAAGGAGGAAUCUUGGAUAUUUCUCAUGUGGAACUGGCAAUCCAAUUGAUGAUUGCUGGCGCUGUGACCCCAACUGGCAGAAAAAUCGCAAGCGCCUUGCUGAAUGUGGAAUUGGUUUCGGCAGAAACGCAAUAGGAGGCCGCGAUGGUCGCUUCUAUGUUGUUACUGAUCCCAGUGAUGAUGACCCUGUGAACCCAAAGCCUGGCACUUUGCGUCACGCUGUGAUCCAGGAUGAGCCCUUGUGGAUUGUGUUCAAAAGGGACAUGGUGAUUCAAUUGAAGCAGGAACUUAUCAUGAACAGCUUCAAGACUAUUGAUGGCCGCGGGGCCAAUGUUCACAUUGCUAAUGGAGGGUGCAUCACCAUUCAAUUUAUUACGAAUGUGAUCAUUCAUGGUCUGCACAUUCAUGACUGCAAGCCCACCGGCAAUGCUAUGGUUAGGAGCUCACCCAGUCACUAUGGGUGGAGGACAGUGGCUGAUGGUGAUGCCAUCUCUAUUUUUGGAUCAAGUCACAUAUGGGUUGACCACAAUUCGCUUUCUCAUUGCGCUGAUGGCCUGGUUGAUGCUGUCAUGGGUUCGACAGCCAUUACCAUCUCUAACAACCACUUAACUCACCACAAUGAGGUGAUGCUAUUGGGCCACAGUGAUUCGUACACAAGAGACAAGCAAAUGCAAGUGACCAUCGCGUACAACCAUUUUGGAGAGGGACUCAUCCAGAGAAUGCCAAGGUGCAGACAUGGAUACUUCCAUGUAGUCAACAACGACUAUACUCACUGGGAGAUGUAUGCCAUUGGUGGGAGUGCAAAUCCCACAAUCAAUAGCCAGGGCAACAGAUAUAAUGCACCAGUCAACCCCUUUGCAAAGGAGGUGACAAAGAGGGUGGAUACAGCUGCAAGCCAAUGGAAGAGCUGGAAUUGGAGGUCAGAGGGUGACCUUUUGCUGAAUGGCGCUUAUUUCACUCCAUCUGGAGCUGGAGCUUCAGCUAGCUAUGCUCGUGCUUCAAGCUUGGGUGCCAAAUCUUCUUCCAUGGUCGGAUCAAUGACUGAUAAUGCAGGUGCUCUUUCAUGCAGAAGGGGACGCGGAUGCUAAUACAGUCCCAAUCAAUUAAAUUUGGCCAAAUAGGCCAUUCAGUUUCUGCCAUUUUUUUUUUUAAGCCAUCGUUUCUUUCCAGAACUAUCUGCAUACAAAUAUAUAUUGGCAAGUGUACAAUUUUUUACACUAUGUCAUUAUAUUGUUACACCCAUAUUUCCAGCAUUCCCUUCUCUCUUUUCUUCUCAACCUCGGCCUGCUUCCAUCGAAAAGAGCCCCCAAUACCAUUCUUCUAGGAGCAGGUGCGGAAGCGUUGCUCAUUUCUUCUCUGUUUUUUUUCCCUUCUUCUACCCUUUUCAGUUGCCUGUGCCUCCUUUUCCUUCUAACCACCAUUGAAGCGUCUUUUGAGUCUACAUUGUCUGUCUGUGUAGUCUUUCGAUUCUAUAGGAUUUGGAAGAGUUUGUGUUUCCUUUUUUUUUUUUUUUUUUAUCAUUUUGUCCAGUGAUACAAGCAAUAGCAUGGAUUUCAAGUUGUGGAAAAAUUUAAAAAAAAAAUGUUAUAGACGAUGAUGCAUAGAUGUAGCAGUGAUGUUCUGUGCCUUUUAUCUUCUUAUUGCUUUUAUAUUUAUAUUUUAUUUUAUUUUAUUUAUUUA